AGGCGAAAAGUACACAGCACCUGGCGUCAUUAAAAGGUAAAAUUUGGGCGGAGCCGGGUAGGGUAGGGUGAAGACCCUAACCGAGUGAUAAGAUGGUAGCUCAUUCUCAAUCGGACGCUCACCCGGAAAACCCGGUAAUGCUCCGAUCACUGGGCAUCCUUUGCCUUCUGGGCGCUGCGCUAGCAGCUCCCUCACGGAUUGCGAGCAAGGACACCGAUCUCGUUAACGAUCUUCCCGGAUUAUCAUUCACUCCAACGUUCAAGCAAUAUUCCGGAUAUUUGGACGGAUCUCAAGGAAAUCAUCUUCAUUAUUGGCUUGUGGAAUCUCAAACAAACCCACAAACAGCUCCAAUCGUUCUUUGGCUCAAUGGUGGUCCAGGAUGCUCAUCACUUCUAGGACUACUCAGCGAGAAUGGACCAUACAGAAUUCAAAAGGAUGGCGUCACUGUAAUUGAAAAUGUGAAUUCCUGGAAUAAGGCUGCAAAUGUUCUGUUCCUGGAGUCCCCAAGAGAUGUUGGUUUCUCCUACAGAGAAAAAAGCGCUACUCCAGAUCUUCUUUACAACGACGACAAGACUGCAACUGAUAAUGCUCUUGCCUUGGUUCAAUUUUUCCAAAGAUUCCCUGAAUAUCAGGGAAGAGAUUUCUAUAUCACUGGAGAGUCAUACGGAGGAGUUUACGUUCCAACCCUUACCAAGCUCGUCGUUCAGAUGAUCCAAAACAAUACCACGCCAUACAUCAAUCUGAAAGGUUUUGCUGUUGGAAAUGGAGCUUUGAGUCGUAAGCAUCUUACCAACUCAGGAAUUGAUCUUCUCUACUACAGAGGAAUGCUUGGAACAACACAAUGGGAGAACCUUCGCCAAUGUUGCCCAGAUACUUUGAACAAUCCACUGGUUGACUGCGAUUAUUCCAAGUAUGUUGUGUUCGACAACUUUGGAAAUCCAUCUCCGAGAAAUGACACAAAUGACGCUCAAGCUAUUGCCUGUGGAAAGAUGGUUAUCAACCUCUCAUUGAACUCCAUUUGGGAAACAUACAAUGACGUCUACAACUCGUACCAGGAUUGUUACAAUUUUGAUUCUUCAGUCUUCGGAGCAGCCGAAGAGAGACAUGCAAAGGUUCAUCAACAAACAAUGAGAAAGAUCAUGAGAACCACUCUUUCUACCACUGGAGCCAAUGACGCCUACAAUCUUUUCAGCAACGGUUUCAAUCCAUUCAUUGAUCAAGGGUCGUUGUACAACAAGAUGUCGACUGAUGCUCUCAACAACUAUCCAUGCUAUAUUGAUGAUGCUACCACCGCUUGGCUUGGACGUACCGAUGUUCGUAGCGCUCUUCACAUUCCUGCCGCUGCCCCAGUCUGGCAAGAAUGCAGUGACGAUAUCAACGCUAAGUAUUACAUUCAACAAUACCCAGACACCACCCCAGUGUUCCAAUUUCUCGUUGAUUCUGGAUACCCAUUGAAGGUUCUCAUUUAUAACGGAGACGUCGAUCUUGCCUGCAACUAUUUGGGAGAUCAGUGGUUCGUUGAGAACUUGGCCACUGUUUCUUAUCAAAUGACUCUCACAACACCCCGUCAACAAUGGAAUUUCACUCGCGCGGGUACUCAGAACAAAUACAUUCCAACACUUGCCGGAUAUCUCAAAUCAUGGAACUAUCAGCAAUUCAGCAUCGAUCUCUUGACUGUGAAAGGUGCCGGACAUAUGGUGCCAAUGGACAGACCAGGACCAGCUCUUCAAAUCUUCUAUAACUAUUUGUACAAUACUAAUGGUGGAUACAGUAAUCAAGUACCGUACGAUCUGACCGCUACACCUCUUCGUUCCCAAUUCCUCGCCCCACCACAAAAAACUUGGACUCGUAAGCAAGCCGACAGAGUUUGGAACCUUCCUGGAAUUACAUACGGACUUAACUUCAAGCAAUACUCGGGUUACUUGAAUGGUGUUACCGGAAACUAUCUUCAUUAUUGGUUUGUCGAGUCUCAAGGAAACCCAACCACCGACCCACUCGUCUUGUGGCUUACUGGAGGACCAGGAUGUUCAGGUCUUAUGGCUAUGCUCACAGAGCUGGGACCAUUCCAUCCAAAUCCUGAUGGCAAAACUUUGUUUGAAAAUGUUUAUUCAUGGAACAAAGCAGCUAACGUGAUCUUUUUGGAAUCUCCAAGAGGAGUUGGAUUCUCAGUUCAAGACCCAAGCUUGAACAAUGACACGAUCUGGGAUGAUCAGAGAACUGCAACCGACACCUACCUCGCGCUUAAAGAUUUCCUCACUGUCUAUCCAGAAUACAUCAACCGCCCAUUCUUCGUUACAGGAGAAUCCUACGGUGGAGUUUACGUCCCAACUAUUACUUCCCUUCUUAUUGACAAAAUCCAGUCCGGAGAUUUCGCACAACUGAACUUGGUUGGUAUGUCGAUUGGAAACGGAGAGCUUUCUGCCAUCCAACAAUUCAAUUCCGCAAUCAUGAUGAGUUACUUCCACGGGCUUUUCAGCAAAGAUGACUUUGAUUCCCUGCAGCCAUGUUGCAAUCAGACAAAGACCAGCUCUCAAUGGUUUGAGUACUGCAACUUUGCUCAAUACAUUCACCUUGGGCCAGACGGAACUGCCAUUCCAAACGAUAAAUCUUUCUGUGCUAACAAGGUUGCUGACUUGGGUCAACAAAGAUUCUGGAACAGUUUGAACGACGUUUAUAACAUCUAUCAAGACUGCUAUCAACAGGCCGACCGAGCCUUCGGAUCUAGAAUGAGCAUUAAGCAAAAGAAGGAGCACAUGAGAGGAUUCAUCGACCAAGGUGCUAAGAUUUCCACGUCUUCUACCGACAACCAAGGAGGACUUGCUUGUUAUGGAACUACUCAAGCUGCCAACUGGAUUAACCUUCCAGAUGUACGCAGUGCACUUCACGUUUCUUCUGCAGCAGGAGCCUGGUCCGCUUGCAAUGACACCAUCAAUGGACUCUAUGUUCAACAGCACAACGAUACUACAUCCGUAUUCCAACAUAUUCUCGACUCCAAGUAUCCACUUCGAGUGUUGAUCUAUAACGGAGAUGUUGAUCAAGCAUGCAAUUAUUUGGGAGAUCAAUGGUUCAUUGAGGCAUUUGCUCUCAAGAAUCAAUUACCAGUUACCAAGCCACGUGCCGAUUGGAGAUAUAUGACACAAAUCGCUGGAUACGCCAAGAAAUUUGACAACAACGCUGGCUUCUCUGUUGAUCUUAUCACUGUCAAGGGAGCUGGACAUUUGGUUCCAACUGAUCGUCCAGGUCCAGCACUUCAAAUGAUUGCCAACUUCUUCCGUAAUCAAGACUACAGCAAUCCUACUGUUAUUGACACAACUUUGCACCCAUUGAAGAACACGUAUGUGGUCGCAGAACAACUCGCUGCAUCCCUCAAUCGUUCUUCAACUGGAGUCGCUCAUAAUGGAAACAGAGUUCACGUUAAGGUCCACAAGGUUGUCCGUGCAGGUAAUUUUGCAAAGACUGGUGAGCAAGACACUGUUAGACAACCAACUGAACGCGAUGCUCCACCACCUCCACCAACUCAGACUAAGGCUCAAGAUGAAGUCACCAAUCUUCCUGGUCUUACGUUUACUCCAAACUUCAAACAGUAUUCUGGAUACCUUAAUGCAUCCGCAGGAAACUACCUUCACUACUGGCUUGUUGAGUCACAGCUCAAUGCUACUUAUGAUCCACUUAUCCUAUGGCUUAAUGGUGGACCAGGAUGCUCCUCGAUUGGAGGAUUCUUGGAGGAACUUGGACCAUUCCAUGUUAAUGCUGAUGGAAAAACUCUUUUCGAAAACACUUUCUCGUGGAACAAGGCCGGAAACGUUCUUUUCCUUGAAGCGCCAAGAGAUGUUGGAUAUUCCUUCCGCAGUAACGAAUUUGCACCUGAUACCAUGUACAAUGACACAUAUACCGCCUCUGAUACUGUUUUGGCUCUUGCUAGCUUCUUCAACAAGUUCCCAGAAUACCAAAACCGUCCAUUCUACAUCACUGGAGAGUCUUAUGGUGGAAUCUACGUUCCAACACUUACUCGUGCACUCAUCAACGCUAUUCAAACCGGUACAAUAAAAAAUGUGAACCUUGUCGGUGUAGCCAUUGGAAAUGGAGAGCUGUCAGGAAUUCAACAGAUCAACUCCGCUGUUUCCCUCCUCUACUUCAGAGGAGAACGGGACAAAUCUGACUGGGAUGCAAUCUCUAAAUGUUGUGACACUUCUGUUCCCCAAGCCUAUUGCGACUACAUUAAAUACGUCAACAUUGACACUUCUGGAAAUGUGUGGCCUAAAGUUAAUGACAACUCCCUUGCCGGUCAGUGCGGUCAACUUGUUACCCAACAAGGAUUCUUGGAUGUUUGGACCACCGACAAUGACGUCUAUAAUACAUUUGCCGACUGCUACACUGCCCCAGGAGCCGGAGACUCAAAAUUGAAUGAGUUGGCCAGUGGAAUUCGCAGAGUUCAGAACAGACGAUCAAAGAGAGCUGCUGAUGUUUCGCCAUUCCUUCCAUCUACUUUGUUUGUGGACCAGGCUAAGAAGAUCAACUAUCAGUCUACUGAUGCCAACGGAGGAUUUACCUGCUUCUCCGGAGCUUCAUCUGAAAACUAUAUGAAUCUUCCAGAAGUUCGUACUGCCCUUCAUAUUCCCACUUCUCUCCCAUACUGGACCGACUGCAACGAUAACAUGAACGAGAAUUAUAUUCAACAACACAAUGACACAUCUUCUGUUUUCACUGACAUUUUCGCCACUGGUUAUCCAUUGAGAUUCUUGAUCUACAACGGAGAUGUUGAUAUGGCUUGCCAAUUUUUGGGAGAUCAAUGGUUCCUCGAGAAACUUGCCAAGGACAAUGGUUUGGCUGUUACCCGUCAGCAUGGGCCAUGGAACUACACACAAGGUCAAUUCUUGCCCCGUGUCGGAGGUUAUUGGAAACAGUUCACUUACACCAACACUGCCAAGAACACCAAGGUAGUCUUUGAUCAACUGACGGUUAAGGGAGCCGGACACUUUGUGCCUCAAGAUCGCCCGGGACCAGCCCUUCAAAUGAUUUACAACUUUGUGAACCAAUUGGAUUACAAUAGAAACUUGACUCUUGACUAUUCUCGCAAACAACUUCUUCCACAAUACCAACCAGCUCCAGUUACAGUUCCACGUAGAAAGGCUGAUCACAUUUUCUCUCUACCAGGAGUCACAUGGAACGUCAACUUUAUGCAACACUCGGGUUAUCUCCAAGCAACUCGAGGAAACAAGCUCUUCUACUGGUUCGUCGAAUCACAGUCCGGAAAUGAAGGAGAUCCGAUCAUUCUUUGGCUUCAGGGAGGACCAGGAUGUGCUUCAACCGGAGGACUUUUCUCCGAAAUCGGACCAUUCUUUGUGAACCCUGAUGGCGAAACUCUUUUUGAAAACAUUUACUCCUGGAACAAGGCUGCUCACAUCCUGAUUAUUGACUCUCCAAGAGGAGUCGGAUUCUCAUAUCAAGAUAAGAACGUGAACAACGAUACAACAUGGGAUGACGAUAAGACCGCUUUGGACACCUACACCGCUUUGGAAGAUUUCUUCGUUACCUAUCCACCACACAGAAACAGCGAGCUCUAUAUUACUGGAGAAUCAUAUGGUGGAGUAUACGUUCCAACUCUUACUAGACUUUUGAUUCAAAAGAUCCAGGCUGGACAAUCUAACAUUCAGCUUCGUGGUAUGGGCAUUGGAAAUGGAAUGGUCAGUGCUGUGAACGAUGUCAGAACGCUUCCAGAUUUCCUUUACUUCCACGGAAUUUACGAUAAACCAAUGUGGGAGAAGCUUCGUGCUUGCUGCCCAUCAGCUGAUUCUUCUGGUGACUGCAAUUAUGACUACUACAUUACAAUUGAUUCUGGAGUCAAUGUAAUUGCCAAGCAGUUCCCUAACAACCAGACACUUCAAGACUGCGCGAACCUUGUUGAAAACUUGUCGUAUGACAGAAACUGGAAGGCAUUGUACGAUCAGUAUAAUUUGUAUCAAGAUUGCUAUGUUACACCAAGAGACCAGGCAAAUCCAUUUGCGAUGAAAGAGAAAUUCUCCAGGCUCGACGUGGACCACAAGUUGAAGACUUCUAUUCCACAGGCUAUUACCAAGACUGCCCCACAAGAUCCAUUGUCGACUGAUGCUACUGGGGGAUACUCGUGCUGGAGUUUAGGAGCUAUCAACAACUAUUUAAGUUUGUCUCACGUCCGUGAUGCACUCCAUAUUCCGGAUUCAGUUCCAAGAUGGGGAUUCUGCAACAAAAUUAACUACGCUAAUCUCUACAACGACACAACUCAAGUAUUCACCGACAUUCUUAACAGCGGUUAUAAUCUCAAGGUUUUAAUCUAUAACGGAGAUGUAGACUCUGUGUGCUCAAUGUUCGAAGCCGAGUCAAUGAUCAACAACUUCGCCGCUGCUCAAACGUUUGUUUCGAACCAGCCAAGAGGAUCGUGGAUGUACGGAGGACAAAUUGGUGGAUACGUUCAAAAAUUCCAAAAGAACAACAUGACUAUUGACCUUUUGACUGUCAAGGGAGCCGGACACAUGUCACCAACUGAUCGUCCAGGACCAGUUCUUCAAAUGAUGAACAACUUUGUCCAUGGGCAAGGAAACUAUAACACAUCAAUUGCUGUUAGUAUGGUGCGCCAGCCACUUCUUGCCCAAUUCCUUGAACAAGGAAUUGGACCAGUUGGAACAAGUGCUCCAGUUGCUUCAACCAGCACAACAAAUACGCCAAGCCCAACCAAUCAGUCACCAGUAACUCAAGCACCACCAGUAACUCUACCACCUCCUUCAGUAGCAACAGCAGGACCUACUGGGCCUAUCUUAACCGUUGUGCCAGUUUCAUCUGCUCCAACAUCAGGUGCUGUCUCCUCAACAACAAAUACGCCAAGCCCAACCAAUCAGUCACCAGUAACUCUACCACCUCCUUCAGUAGCAACAGCAGGACCUACUGGGCCUAUCUUAACCGUUGUGCCAGUUUCAUCUGCUCCAACAUCAGGUGCUGUCUCCUCAACUGCAACUGCUGCACCAGUAAUUACUACCACUAAAACUUCUUCAGUUUUAUCGGUCUCUUUCUCUAUGUUUAUCGUUUUGAUUACCAAGUUUUUAUUGUAAAAUAAUUGUUUCCUGUUGUAAAAUACUAUAUGUGUUCAAAAAAUAAUCCGAAUAUUCAAUACUUCCAGGUUCUAAUGAAACAUUUCAAAAUUU